AUGUUAGUGACUGGUGUGCUGCACUGUCCUGUCGGAGGUGAACCUGGGACAGUGGCUCUCUACAGGACUGCAGGGCCGUUUCUGCACACCGUGAGUCUGUCCGCCUCAUCAGAGAGAGUCCAGGCUGGGAAGACGUUUGUCCUAGAAGUUUCUGGAAAGCUGGCCGGACGCCCUGACCAGCCCACAGGGAUUCAGAGUCGGGCAGGUCAGGACUUCUCUUACGUCACAGUCGAGUUCCUGGGCGUGACCCCUAAAGUUCAAAGUUCACGUCAUGUCAGCUUGUUGGAUGACGGCUCUUUCUCCGUGUCGUGUGAAUGGUUUUUGGAAACUCCGGGAAAAUAUCAAAUCAAUGUGAGUGUUUCAAACCUCCUCUCCACACUCUCCUCCAGCCUCCACCUCUCUGUUUUACAGCCUUCACCAGAUAACGGGGCAAUCUCCGGCCCUGUGGUCUUCUCCGUCUGUGCACACCUUCAAAACUCACAAAACACAGCCGUGUGUCAAACUUGGUUUAAUCCUGGAAACAGAGAAGAAGACAGUGAGAUGAAGGAGGAGGAGGAGGAGAAGAAGAGAGACUGUGUGAAGACAGAAGACUCCUUCCCCAACAACACUUUGAUUUAUUAUGACCAGACCUUCCGACUUGCCCUGGACCUCAAGCUGCAUGAGGACAAAUGUGACUUCAGCAGCAGCAGCAGCAGCAGCAGCAGCAGCAGCAAAGACAAUAACUCCUGCCGCUGGGAUAAUGUUGGCAAUGAAUCAAAGAAGAGACGUUAUAAUGUCACAGUUAAGGCUGUCAACUGGACCUUGUUUCAAACACACGUCCUGGUUCAGGAUCCAGUGGGAGAGCUGAUGCUGAGCGUGCCUCGUGUGAUCAGGACAGAUCACAGACAACCGGUGUCAUUCAGCGUGGCAGCAGGGUCUGACAUGACUGUGUCUCUGCUGGUGAAUGCAACACAGGUGUACAGAAACUGCACAUACGCUGCAGGGGAAGAGGUGACAGUGGUUUUGCUUUUCGACCACACCGGGGCCUCUGUGGUGGAGCUUCGAGCUGAGAAUCGAGUGUCUUCUCAGAACAAGAACGUGAGAGUGUGUGCCGAGGGGGACGGGAAGUCGUCGCUGCAAGUUAGAGCUAAUUCAAACUGGCAACCACCCGCCAGUCAGAGUCCUGCAAACAGUGAGGGUCACGACGUGGUGCAGAUUUUUGCAGCAAAAUCAGCUUAUCUCACAAAUAAAGAUAUCACCUUCCUGGCUGUGGCCGAUCCACCAGACAACGCAGAGUUCACCUGGCAUUUUGGAGACUCCACUUCCGUCAGAACCACCUCCAGAACGGUCACCAAGAGAUACCACAAACCUGGAAAGUUUGCUGUGGUUGUGGUGAUGUCGGCCGCUCAGACGUCCAUCACCUCCGCGGUGUUUCCUCUGAUCGUCCAGAGAGCAGUGAAGCUCAACAGGCUGGUCCACCAGCCCUCGGUCCUACAGAACCAGACAGUAAAUGUGAGUUGUCGGGUGAAUGUCGGGACAAACCUCACCUUCCUGUGGAGCUUUGGAGACGGAUCGUGCAUCAGACUGGGACAGAGCACAGAGCAGCAUGUCUUCCACAGAACAGGGGAGUUCACAGUGGAAGUGACUGUGUCUAACCUGGUCAGCUCAGCCUCCCUAAAGAGUCACAUCUUUGUUGUGGACCAACCAUGUCAGCCUCCACCGGUUAAAAACAUGGGUCCUCUGAAACUACAGGUACAAAGGUACGAGGUUAUCCGCUUGGGAGUGACCUAUGACACUGAACUGGACUGCGACUCAUCAGGAGGCCUUCACUACACGUGGACACUGCUGGACUCUGCGGGCCGGUCGCUUCAUUUGCCUUUCACAGACACUCACAGACAGAGUCUCACACUGCAGAGCUACUUCUUACAGUAUGACACCUACACUGCCACAGCCAGGGUCCAGGUCAUUGACAGUGUGGUGUACAGUAACUACAGUGUGAACGUUCAGGUGAUGCCUAGCUCUCCGGUGGCCGUUAUCCAAGGUGGCACCAACGUCUUCAUCAACAACAGAAACACCACCGUCAUAACUCUGGACGGGCGGCGAUCGUACGACCCCGACUUCCCAAAGAACCCACUCAGCUACAGCUGGACAUGUAAACCACUCAGCUCCAUCACCACCUCCUGUUUCCAUCAACACAUUUCCACUUCCUCCCCCGUGCUCACGUUUCCCGUCAGUCUCUUAAAGCGCAACUUUGACCAGUUCCAGUUCACGCUGACCGUGGAGAGCGCAGAGCGAUCGGCUUCCGCAGAGACUUUCCUCACAGUCGCACCACAUGUGCUCGGGAAGCUGUCACUUUCCUGCCCGCGUUGCCAAGGAAACCAGGUGAGCUGGGACUGGUCCUUCUCUGUGAGCACCUCGUGUGAAGACUGUGAUGUUUCCCCACAUAACAUCCAGUACAGCUGGAGUCUGUACCUGGUCAAUGCCUCCUCUAAACAUGUCGUAGAAGUCCCAUUUUGUCACACUGUGGAUCUCAGUGCCCCUUCCACAAUCAGUGAGGGACCUGCCGAGCAACUUCAGACUCCUGAGAUUUCCAGCCUGCCUGACACACACUACACUGCAGCUCCUCUCCUGACAGAGAUCACUUCAGAAAGAGCAGAAGGAACAGAGUUGGACCCUUCAGAGAAUCAUGACUCACAGUUUGACCGAAGCAAAGACUUCCACGGAUUCUCCAGUCAUUCUGACUCUUCCUCCGAUUGGGAAAUGUAUUUUCCUGACCUGGGGAGUGGGGACUUUGCAGGGGAAUUAGAUUCAGAUUAUGACGUUCCCUUCCCGAGUGCAGAGGAAGGAGAGCCGGGGAGUUCAGCGGGAAGACCCACAGGUGCGGACGGCGAGACCUUCAGCCCGGGAGACGACUCGGCGUUCGAUCCAGCAGCACAUGAAGGCGACGGCAGCAACCUGGUGGUUUCCAGACCCUCUGUCGUGACUCAGCAGCCAACUUUGCUGGAUUUACCCCGAGACCCAGUGGACAGAGUCCUUUUUGACUCCUACACAUACACAGGAAUUUCCUCCCCCGUGCUCAGUGUCAGACCCUUCAGUCUGAGGCCGGGGAGCAGAUACAUGCUGGAGCUCACUGCCAAGUCUCGUGACAGAUCUGUGGGCCAAACUCAGCUGUUCUUGGAAACCAAGCCCGUCCCAGAGGGUGCCAGGUGCCAGGUGCAGCCAGUCACGGGGAGCGAGUUGCACACACACUUCAGCGUCUUCUGCACCUCGGGGAAAGAGGAUUUACUGUAUGAGUACAGCUUCAGUGUAGGAGGAAAACAACCCAGGGUGCUGUACCACGGAAGAGAUUUCCAGUAUUAUUUCAACCUUCCUUCAGGUGACCCCAGUGAUGAUUAUAAAGUAACAAUUUAUACAGAAAUCAGAAGCAGCACAUACGGAACAACCACGAAACCCUGUCCUGUCACUGUCCAAGUCCAGCCAGGCUUCCUCCGAGACACUUCACCUCAUCAUGAUGAUCCUGAUCUGGAGCUGUCAGGUUCCGGUCUGAGGAACCUGUCAGCUCUAGUGAAGCUCGGGAACAGUCGGGAGAUUGGUAACUACAUCAGUCUACUCUCCAGCGUCCUGAACAGACUUAGCCUGGAUACCGAGGCCAACACACAAGCACAGAGACAUGUACGCUGUGUGUUAAUUUGCACACUGUGUGAGCUCCAAAGCGGUGAUCAGGCUUCAAUCCUGGACAGCGUCUCCACGCUCAAAGACCUUCUACAAGUCACAAAUCAAGUGACUUUAUCCAGUGUGAGACAUGUGACACUUCACAUUCAGGCUGUCUCAUACCUGUUUGUGGAGUCCAGCACUGCAGCCACAUAUCACCUGGACCAUAAGACGCUCAGCACCUUGGUCGUCCUACUUUCCUACAACUUGCAGGCUGCUGUCACAAAUCGGGACUUCACACCUGAAACGCACAACGCAGAUAACAUUACACAUGUGCGUGAAUCAGACUCACACAAUUGCUGCAUACGAGCUUCAGCCACCGGGGAUCUCAUCGCAGGAGGAUUGACCUCAGCAGAGCAGACGAGACGUCUUGUUGUCGACGUUCUGCAGACUGCGUCAGACCUGAUGCUGACAUAUAUUCUGUUCCACAAGGUCCAGCAGCACAGAGUCAGCACAGAUCUCCUCACGUUAUACGCCACGUACCAAAACCAAACCUCCACAGUGAUCAGCAGCGGCUCCACCACCUUCUACAUCCCCACUUCUCUCGUCCAGCUUCUGUUUGUUCAUCACAGCAGAGCGACAGAGAGAAGGCAGCGUCCGCCUUGUGUGCUCGGCCUGCUGACCGAGCUCGCCACCGACCCUUACACCUCCACCCGCCGUCCCACACAGUUCAGUGGACCAGUGGUUGACCUGAGUCUGUACAAGUGCAACACAAGGAGGAAGAUCCCUGUUCGAUCCCUUGUUCUGCCAGUCAGCGUCCAGCUGCGACAUCCACCAGGAAACAGGAGCUCUGUGCACGAGCACGUCCUGGUCCACACGCAGGUCAACUACCACAGCUUCAACCUCACCCAGGACCAUUUGCAUCAGGCCGUGCAGUUGAGCGUGGAGUUCACGCCGCCGCCCAACAAAGUGUUUCCCGUCAUGCUGCUCUUCAGGAUGUUUGAAAAGCCGACUCCCAGCAUGCAUCACCUGCGCAGGAUUCAUGACUGGGAGAGCGACAGCAUUUGCAUCACUUUGCCCCCGUCGUACCUGAACGCAGGGGUCGGUCACCUGGCACUGCUGAACGCCGAGUUUGGAAAAGCGCACAGACACAAGCACCUGAGUGAACAGAUCAGCUACAGUCUCACCUUGGUCAGCAGCCAGUGUUUGUCCUGGGAUGACCACCAGGGGGCCUGGACUCACCGUGGCUGCAGGACACAGCGGGGAGACACAACGUCUGCUGUCAACUGCAGUUGUCACCAGUUGAGGCCACUGACAGUGGUGCAGCACCACAUCCAGAGCAGCAAUGACACAUCCAGUCUGGAGCCAUUCCUGAGUGUGUCCCAGGAUCUCACCGUGCUGGCUGUGCUGGUGCUGUGCGCGUGCCUGUGCCUCCCAGUGUCGGUGGCGUGCAGGAGAGAAGACGCCGACAACGAGAAGCACCGGAGAGUCCACUAUCUCUCCGACAACUCUCCAUUUGACCCGUGUCUUUAUGCUGUGACCAUCUACACUGGCCUCUGCUCUGCAGCCACAAUGACUUCAAAGGUUUACGUCACGCUGUACGGUGAAGACGGAGUCUCCCACACAAAGGAACUACAGGUCCCAGGGUGCACUCUGUUCAGAAGGAACUCUCAAGACACAUUCUUACUCAGUGCAGCAGAGAGCUUGGGAUCUGUGUGGGGGGUUCACAUCUGGCACGACGGCUCUGGACCGUCGCCGGACUGGUACCUGAAACACGUGGAAGUGUCUGAGGUGAACAGCAGACGUGCUUGGCUGUUCCUCAGUCAGUGCUGGCUGGCUGUGAGCAAAGGUGAUGGCCAGGUGGAGAGGAUGCUGCGUGUCUGUACCCACGGACUAGGCUUUGCUGAGAUGUUGCGUUUUAAAUUAUCCGACCUCUUGGCCGACUUCCACAUCUGGAUGUCUGUGUACAGCUGCCCCUGCCCUAGCUUGUUCACACAUGCUCAAAGACUUGGUGUGUGUCUGCUGCUGUUGUUGGGGUACUCGUGCGUCAACACGGUGAUCAUAUCACAAAUGGACGAUCAGUUGCCGUUCGAGUUGGGCUUUCUCGACGUAUCGGCGGUCUCUGUGGCAACCGGACUAUUAAGUGUGGUGGCAGUGUUGCCCGGGGCAACGGGGAUAUCUUGUCUAUUUCGACUGCGUGAGGUCAAGCGGAGGAGGUCAGGAGUCCAGCAGGGGAAAGGGAGAAAGACUGAAAAGGGUUUUGUUGAAGAUUCUCUUUCGGUAAAUGACAGUGUCGCCCAUGCCUCCUGGAACAAACUUGAGCAGUGGCUACAGGAAGCCUGGAGGAAAACAAACCAGGGCACAGACGGGCUCCCGUUGUCCACUACGAUUCUGGAAAAUAAAGACACAGAUAAAGAACCUGUAAACCGACCAGAUGUGAUCAUAACAAAGGAGGAUGAUCCAGCAGUUAAGAGCAGUCUGGUACUUCAGAAUUUGACGUCGCGCUCGAAGCAGGUUGACGAUCAUGAAACGAUGCAAGGAAAACAGCUUGAUCCAGCAGAUGUUCUGUCUGGUAUGAAAGAUGAAGAUCACAUCGUUCAGAAUGAGAAAGUAGAUCCUGGAGGAAAAUGUCGUUAUCAUGCAACCGACAAACUGAAAGGGAGAAGAAAUGGAGCAGCAACCCGGUGGUGUCACCGUUUGGCCUGGACUCUCUGUCUGCUGUUGUGCCUUUGCUGUCUGGUGCUCUCUGCUCUGCUGGGAAUGAGAUUUAGCAGCAGCAAACUUCUGCUUUGGAUACACUCCCUUUUCUUCUCGCUGGUGUUUUGCAUCUUCAUCAUCCAGCCAGCUGUGAUAGUCGCCGUGGCAGCGACUGUCUCUUUUUGGCACAGAAAAAGAGCAGAUUUCCAUUCUUUCACCAGAAUUGAAGAGUUUGAAGUAGACCUGUGCAGCUGUACUGAUGCUGAUGGACCAGAGAAGCAGUUCAAGCCUCAGGAAACAUGUUCAGACUUUGAGAAGCUGCUUGCCGCUCGUCAGCGAGCUCGCUACCUGCGUCUCGUACACCCACCGACUCCAGCAGAGCUGAGGAGAAGUCGGGGGAGGAAAAGAAGAGGGACUCUCAUUCACAACACCCUCAGGGAUUUGUGUGUCUGUGUCUCCAUGAUUUUCCUGAUGCUGUGUGUAACACACGGCAGCUCAUUCAGUGACCGUUACCACCUCAACCAAGCUGUAAGAAAACACUUUAUAAGGAAUAAUAAGAAUUGUGACUUUAUGUCCAUACAAAACCAUGAGGACUGGUGGAGGUGGAUACAGACCAAGCUGCUAAAUGUGUUGUAUAAGAACACAUCAACAAUAAAUGAGCAAUCCCACAUCUUGAUUGGAGAACCCAUCCUGUGGAAGACGGGGAUAUACAGCUCGUUACAGGAGCACGUCUUCGGUCAUACUUUUCCACCAGAAUCUCUUUUCCCAGACUUCACUGCUACAGUUCCCACAGUAACGCCCAUGAGGACGUGUGGCCACCUGGGCUGCUACGCUGGGCACAGCACUGCGUCUGGCCUCGGCCACACUAAGUCUGACGCCGCGAGCAGACUGACUCUCCUGCGCUCAGACGGCUGGUUGGACAGACGGACGGUGGCCCUGAAGGUCCAGUUUACCUUGUUCAGCCCUGCACCCAACUUAUACACCAGUGUGACCCUGCUCACUGAGCAGAGCCCCACUAGUGUCCUGUUGCCCUCUUCUAAAGUCCAGUCAGUGAGGGUUUAUUCCACUCCUGCUGUGUGGGACUAUGUUGUCAUGGUGUGCCAGCUCGUUUUCCUCCUGUUGUCUCUUCUGCAAUUCUGUCUUCAAAUGUGCACUUUGAUGCAGCAAGGGCUGAUGGGAUACUGGAAGACGCCCUGCAACUGGCUAGAAGUCGCUCUGCUGACAGUGACACUCGUGCGCUGUGUUUAUUACGCCCAUCACUCCAUCGUCAUCACGGACGCCGCCGAGCUUCUGCAGAGACGCAACGGACAUGUCGACGUCAGCUUCUUGGCGUCCUGGGAACAAGACAUUCGUACUCUGUGUGGCUUGACACUUUUCCUUCUCACCCUGAAGUGUGUGACUGUGUUGAGGGGGAACGAAACCUUGGCGUCCUCUGCCACGCUGUUCACCCGCUCACUCUGCAGCCUCUGCUGGCCCAUGGUUUCAGGUCUGAUCCUACUGGUGGCGCUGUCCUGUGCAGGAAAUCUUCUGUUUGUGCAGCGGUCCUGGGCUUUCAGCUCUAUUCCCCGCUCGCUCCAGACUCUGCUCUGUCGCUGUGGGGGUGUCAGACCCCUCAGGAGCCUCCUUCUCUCUGGACGGGAUUUUCUGUUCUGUGGAACGCUUUAUCUGUCUUCCACUAUGGUGUGGACAGCAGUGGUAAUAGCUGUGGUGUCCACGUUGGUGCGAAGAGCCAGAAGAUCUGAGAGCAGGAGGGACACAGUCUUCACUGUGGCAGAAAUGGGAAGCUACAUCACACAGAGGCUUUCUGAGUUUGUUUUGAAGCGUGAACCAAAAUGGAUUGAUGAUCACGUGGAGAGCAGGACUUUCUACCUUGAAGAGUUUGAAAGCCUGGUAGAUGAGCUGCUGUUCAGACUCAACGCUCUCUCUAACUGCCUGCACCACACUCUGCCUCCGAAACUCCAUCACGACGCGGAGGAGAAGGACAGUCCCAUCGCGUCACCCACACGGGAAGCCCUCAGCAUGGACACAUGGGACUUUGGAGGAGCACGAAUGGCAGAGGAGAAACUCAGGUCCAUGCUUGAACUAGAGAUGCUGCAGUGUUUGCAGCAGAGAAGCCAACAGAGAAACACUUCAGACACCGUCGUAGCAUCUACUAACCAGCAGCAACCUGAGGAAAGAGAAGAAGAAGAAGAAAAUCCAGGACUAAACAGGCCGUCCCUCCAAGAGUCAGCAUCAGUCAUCGAGAUGUGGACAGAAGAUGUUAUGCAGACGCAAGACGGCCACUGGAUUAACACAAAUGACAGUUGCUGGAUAAGCAAAACUCAGGCCACCCAUACUGAGGUGGUGGUGGAGGUUCUGGUACAUGACGAGCCUGGAGAUGCAGAGUCAGAUACAGGAGGUUCCAUACGUCUGAAAUAGUUCAGGCUGAAACUCUGCGGUGCAUUUAAUCUACAUUGUAAGAGCUCCU